AUGUUUGAGAACGAGUACUGGAUUUUGAAGGCCCACGAUAUACUUCAACAAGCAAUCUUCUCGCCAGAUUCUGUAUCACCAUGCCAACAGCAACGCAUUGGAGCGCAAUGGAAACGCCUGAGGGCUAUUUUCUCUACGAGGAUUGGAUACAUCAGACUUGGGAACCGCUCCAACGGCGUACCAAAGCUUCAGGACGUUGUCCCUCGGCUUUCGGUGGAAGAUCUGGAAGAAGACCUUCGGUUCUCUUGGUUUGUCAGUUGCGAACUCAAACAAAAGCUGAUUCAGGUGCUCCUGGCAUCGUGCGAGCUCACCGCAGACUCCGAGCCUCUUUGUAGACUUCUUACCUGGCGGAGCCCCCUGGCACAGACCGUGACUGUGUCAUCUGGCCAUAGUAAUCACCCGUUGAUGGGAGACGCAGAUCGAAUCGAGCAGCUACUGGGCGAUUGGAAGUCGCGUCACCAAAGAUUACUCAUGGCCGACGCCGUGGAUGACAUUUCGACGAAUCCUCUUAACUUCCCACUGUUUGUGUCGGAAGCGAUGUUGAGGUUAUUGUUCGAAUACGUCGUUUCAGCCCUCCACAGAACCUUGAGUUCGGCCGAAAAUUCCCAUCUAAGCUCGUGGGUGGCGAAGAUAUGCGAAAUAUCACACCAAACUCUCAAGGAAUCGGCGUUGAGAACAACACAUGUGAUUUCAGACGUUCUAAAGCGCAAAGCCAUGCGAUUUUUGAACACACACGCGGUCAUAUGUCUAUCAGUACCAUUGACGAUGAAUUACCUGACGAUAAAAACUUCCAUGCAAUGCUCACCUCAGGCCGUCCACGACCUAUCUACUUGUCUUCAAGCGAUGGACGAAUUAGCACUUCGAUUUGAAGUUGUCGACUUCUUCCGGGCUUUGAAUGAUCAAUCACUGGCACUGGCUCAUCAGAUCUUGGCCAAAGAGCUCCCAGCGGCCAAGAGCAACAACUUUGUCAACUUGUUUGCGGUCGCUCCAGUUGACGUGUCCAACCAGCCGGACGACCAGAUGGGCAAGGACGUUUACAAAAUAGUGUCCAGAUUCCAGGAGCAUGCUUUGGCAUGCGGAUGCGUCGAAAGGAACAAGUUCUUGCUGUCGAUCCAUUCCUGA